AUGGCAAAACAGAAGAUACCGAGAAACACGGCAAUUACACCUACGAGCAGGCCCAAGGGAACUAUCAAUUUCCCCCCCUAUGAGAGGCUGGAUGAAGCCGCGCUCCGCCAAGUUAGGAAAUUCCGCGUCCAUCCCUUCGGGAACAUACAUGAGCACUCCAGGCACAUUCCCUACAAUAGCGGGAAGAAGGACUUUUUCGAGAAGACUGGCCGGGAAAGCUUCGAAGUCUUCCAGUAUGAUUUCAAAGUGCCCGGAGACGAGACCGAAUUUACCGUUAUGUGGGAUUACAAUGUCGGCCUCGUCCGCAUGACCCCUUUCUUCAAAUGUUGCAAAUACCCAAAGACAACUCCGGCCAAGAUGCUAAACUUGAAUCCCGGGCUUAAGGAGAUAACGCAUAGCAUUACGGGUGGCUCUAUUAUGGCCCAAGGUUAUUGGAUGCCAUACCACUGUGCCAAAGCCGUGUGCGCGACCUUCUGUCACAAUAUCGCGGGAGCUCUAAUACCUAUAUUCGGCGCUGACUUCCCUUCGCUCUGCACGCCUUCGGAAGCGCCAGAGUACCAGCGUAUGAUAAUCGAUCCCGCGAUUAUAGUUCAAUCCACUAGGGAAGCAGAGCGCUUUCGUAGGUUAUAUAGCAAUCCCGUUACCUCAGCCAGUGGCAGUGGCAGUAACAGUGGUAGAGCCAAUUCACCGCGGGAACGACCGACUCUGUUCCGAAGUCCUUAUGACGAUCCUAGGAAAAAUCACCAUAGUCAACACUUUUCUCGUCGCUAUUCGAUACGCAAGCCUUUUCCUACACCUACAAGUUGCGACAGUCCAUACGCUACAGACACGGACAGCGACAUAUCACCAAUAGCCCCAGAGCGCAGCAAUAUGGGUCCCCGCGACCGGUUUCCCUACUCGUCUGUCGCGCCACCGCCUCCGCCACCACCACCGUCAUUGGUGGCUCCUCCUUCUCUCCGACCUACAAGUAGCGGCUGGGUGCCAGCUAAUAUCGUAGUACCAGCACAUCACCACUACGACCAACCCGUACCAAGCCCUUGGUUAAGCGCCGUCCCACGCUUUACCACGCCUGCGCAUUUAGCUCUUUAUCCGCCGCCUCCACAUACUUCGCAACCGCAACCGUGGCGAGGGGCUAACAAAAGGUCUGCCGAGCACGUCGAAUCCGACUACGAAUACAAUCACAAUCGUGAACACGAGCGAAGAGGGGGGCCGACACACAAUGGCGAGCGAAGUCAGACAAUAGCGCCUACAAUACCAGGACCAAGUAACACUAGCACGCCAACAACAAUUUCUAGAGAAGGAAGUGGGGAGAGGACUAAACCACUGGGUGAUUCAGGAACGGGAAUAUUGGGAGCAGACAAGAACGCAGCGCUACUUUUGAUGAACCUAAGUGUUGGGGACACGCGGGGUAACCAAAGCGCCACUGGCGUCGUGGCGUCGGAAACGAACUCACCGCGCGAUGGGGAAUUCCCGAGGGUUAAAAGGAUUAGGGCUCAGUCGUUUUAGCAAUCAAAGCAUGGGGUUUAGAAAAGAGUUGAAAAGCAAAGAGAUAUUACCUACUAGAUAUUUCUAGUCGUUACACCAGAUCCCUUGGGACCCAAAAUUAGGUAGGUAGCGUUUGGCUUGGAUAGAGAUAGACGAAGCGAUCGAACUAGAGCUGGGAGGUGACUGUUGUUGAUAACUAGGGACGGCCGGAGUUUUGUGUCCCCGAGGAUCGAGAUUGGGUAGGGCGGCAUGAUAGGUAUUUUACACGGGGUUCUAGAGCCAUAGUGAGCAUCUAGAUAGAUAGCGUGUUGCUUGACCAUAUCAUCGCAUCAAUUACAAAAAGUUACUUGAAAUUCGAUAACUUGAGUCGACCUCGUUACUUAAUGCGUGGCACAUAAGUCAA